ACUGCGGCAAAGUAAUUAAUUGACAAAAUGUUGAGUGAGAUGAAUCCUCAAUGAAACCGAUUGUUUAUAAAACUAAGUAAUGAUAAGUGUCAAGUGAUAACAUUCCUAUCAAUAUUAUUUUGUAAUACUACGACUGAUCUUCAUCACAUUUUUUGUGUAAAUUAUAAACGUAAAUAGUAUACUAUUGUAGACUUUAAAAAUGUGCAAUAUCAGUUUCAUUAAAAAUAUGUUCGAAAUGUUUGUCGUGAUAUUGUUAUAUUUGACUUGUAUUUUUGCAAGAAGGUUUCCGGAAGAAGAUUACGCAGGGGGCUACUUCGAUAGCCAGUAUGCUAGAACAAAAACCGCGCUGGAAAAGUUAGAACACGCUCCGCAAUGGGUUCCCAAUUGGCCAGAUUCAGCAGUAAAAAUGGGUCAGGUAUCUGGAGUAGCAUUGGACACGUCAGGGCUACUCCUUGUCUUCCACCGGGCAACCAAUUCAUGGGAUCUCAACACUUUCACAGACAGAAAUGUGUACCAGGGCAUUGGUGAUCCUCCAAUAGCUGAGCCAACAAUACUUGUAUUUAAUGAAACAGGAGAUUUACUUGACUCCUGGGGACAAAACCUUUUCUACAUUCCUCAUGGCAUCACAGUGGACAAUAAAGGCAAUGUUUGGGUGACAGAUGUAGCUCUACAUCAGGUCUUUAAGUUCACACCUGACAAUCGAAUUAAACCGGCUAUGGUGCUCGGGGAAAAAUUUAUACCAGGAGAUGAUGAUGAACACUUCUGCAAGCCAAGUGCAGUGGCUGUUCACUCAUCUGGUGAUUUCUUUGUAGCGGAUGGAUACUGUAACACACGCAUUGUUAAGUUUGCAGCUGACGGUACUAAGAUACUGCAGUGGGGGAAACGGUUCGGCGACGGCCCGUUCGUGCUGAAGGUGCCGCACGCGCUGGCGCUGGCGGAGGACCGCGGCGAGCUGUGCGCGGCGGACCGCGAGCACGGGCGGCUAGCGUGCUUCCGGGCAGACUCCGGCGCCUUCUCCGUCGCCUUCAGGCACUGGCUCGUGGGACCCAGGCUCUUCAGUCUCGCCUACGCGCCCGUGCACGGCGGUCGUUUGUACAUCGUGAACGGUCCGGCGCUGGGAGGCGGCGUGCCGGUGCGGGGCUACGCCAUAGAUUAUACAUCGGGGAAACUCAUACAAACCUUCGCACCGGACGAUGGGUUCAGCAAUCCGCACGACAUCGCAGUGACGCCGGACGGCAGUGCCGUGUACGUUGCGGAGCUGAACCCGCCACGCGUCGUGCGUUUCUGGAGCGAACCCGCUGCGUCCGCCACACGCGUCGCUGGUGACGCACGCGUCGCUGCCGUCGCGUCGGUCGCAGCCGUCGCGUCGAGCAACGUAACACACGUCACGGCCACGGCUACCGCCAUUGACGAGGGCGCGUGGUGGGGCGCGUGGAGCGGCGCGCGGGGUGGCGCGGCGGGGGGCGCGCUGGCCGCGCUCGGCGCCGCGCUGCUGCUGGCGCUGUGUCGCGCGCGCUCUCGCGGUAAGCACGCGCGCGAGCCGCUGCUCUCGUAGUGGUAUGGCUAUGACACGUGACUCGAUCGACUACUGACCCGAAUGCUAUUUGAACUGAUUCACGAUAAAUUUGAAGCAACGUAAUGCGGUACCGAUACAAUGUUGCUCUUAUUGAUUCGAGUUGAAUGCAAUUAUUUAUUAAAGUCUUAAAGCCUGCGAUGGCAAAAAACUCGUUUGAUUUAUGUGUU